AACCAAAUAAUUAUAAACGUCGGUUGCUAGAGCAGCAAGUAGGAAGUGGCACAUUGGGUCCAUUUAUUCGGACUAUACCCGCCUACACUGAGACCUGGACCAAUGAGGGACUCUUUAUUACCUAUGUGAGACUAUUCAUUGACAGUUUAACUGCGGCUUUUAUUUUGGUCGACGCGCAGCAGGUGUGGGGGAUUUUACCGUCACAUUUUAUAACCUUUUGUAUGUGCUUUAACAUUUAAAGUAUGGAAAGACCGAGCCUUCGCAGAUUGUUCUCUGCUUGUGAUAUGAACAAGUCCGGGAAGAUCGAGUAUGAGGACUUCACUGUUGUCUGCCAGGAGCUCAACGUCCCCGAGGGUCAGAUACAAACCCUGUUCGACAAGUUCGACGCGGACCAAGAUGGAUACAUCACCUACAGCAAGUUUUCGUCCAGGUUUCAGGAGGUCUCGGAGACCCUGAACCUGGCGUCUUUAGAUGCGGGGUCGAACCACAACCCAGGAACUCCGGGGGAAGAGUUUUUGAAUAGGAUAGAUGCGGAGUAUAUCAUCUCUGAGAGUCUCAGGGAGCAGCUGGGUGAGUUUUACCAGGCCAUUCACACCUCUACAAACAUGACAGUGCUGCAGCAGUAUGAGGAAAUCAUAAGCUCCUUGGUCAGUCAAAGUCUGGACAGCAGGCUGGAGUGUGAUCAGCUGGAGACAAGUUUGAAGCGAGCCGAGGACAUGAACCACAGUAAGCUGACAGAACUAGAGGACGACAUACAGCAGCAGCUUUCGAGGGCAGAGGAGAGGGUGAGAGAUGAGGAGCAAAGGAAAAUGGAGGGAGUUUUGGCGACCAUGCAGAGGAAGCACCAGAACGAGGUCACAGACUUGCAAACAACUGUGGAUAGACUGCUAAAGAGCCAAGAGGCUUCAGACAUCAACCAGUCAAGGGAGGAGCUAGUUCAAAUGAAUAAACAAGUUGGUGAUCUCUCUCAGGAAAAUGCGCAUCUGCAAGCCUCUCUUUUAGAAGCUCAGACAAACAUCUCCGUCCUGCACUCAGACCUGGACAAGCUGAAGAACAUGUAUGCAGACCAAAAAGCUCAAUAUGAAAGAGAAACAGAAGAGUUGAGGAAGAUGAUUGAAGAGUACCAGUCCUAUUCCAGUCAUAUUCAGAUACUCCAGGAAAUGAACAAAAACCUGUAUGACAGUAACGACGGGCUUCGGUCUGCGUUGGCCACUGAAGCAGUUGCAGCUAAAAGGAGGCUGUCUCCCAAAAUUGAAAUCCCAGCCCGCAGGAUGAAACCACUCAGACAGAGCACAAUCAACAACGGCAGCUUUGAACAAGAUCCCAGCAAAAUGACAUACUCACACGUCGCCUCCUGGGCUGAUAAGUACCUGGACAGCGGAGUCUCCUUGCCAAUGGACACAGUUGACAGCGCAGGCAGCGAUUACGACAGUGACGACAACAGGAGUUUACCAGAAACUGUUCAUCACAGUUACUCGUACGUCCCAUCUGAUGUGGAGCAGGUAUCAGAGGUGAAAUCAGAAGCUGCAGUGUCAAUGGCUCCUAGUAGAACAAACUCCAUCGCAUCAUCGCUACGAAGACGUUUGUCUGCAUUUUCCACAAAGCCUUUAGAAGCAGACAUAGAAGAAUUUGCAAAACCUGCUCCAAUGUACCGUCUGGUUUUAGCUGGAGACGCUGGAUCUGGAAAGUCCAGUUUCCUGCUGAGACUGCUGCUCAAUGAGUUCAGAGGAGACAUUCAGACAACACUUGGAGUUGAUUUCCAGAUGAAGAGGAUGCUGGUGGAUGGAGAGAUGACAAGCCUGCAGAUAUGGGACACGGCUGGACAGGAGAGGUUUCGUAGCAUUGCCAGAUCCUAUUUCCGUAAAGCUCAUGGAGUCCUGCUCCUCUAUGAUGUGUCUUCAGAGAGCAGCUUUCUUAACGUCAGACGUUGGGUGGAUCAGAUUGAGGAUUCAACAGAGGAAAAAAUCCCCAUGUGUGUUAUUGGAAACAAGGUGGACCUCCGGGAGCAGCUUCCAGAGAAAAAGUGUGUGAGCAGCAUGCACGGAGAGAAGCUGGCAAAGACAUACGGCGCCUUAUUUUGCGAAACCAGUGCAAAAGAGGGAACAAACGUUGUCGAGGCUGUGCUCCAUCUAGCCAGAGAAGUAAAGAAGAACUCCAGUAAGAGGCGGCAGUCUCAUUAUCAGCUUCAACUGAGUUCGUCCAACCAAAAGAAGAGUCAGAACAACUGCUGUUGACAGCACAGGACAAAGGGAACAAAGGAGCAAUGACGGACCAAGUUUUUAAUUUGAGAUGAAGAACAUUGUUUUUUUCUUGCAAGAACAUUUUUAACCCUUUAAGUAUUUAACUUUGAAGCAGUAGAUAUAUUUCAUUAAGUGAUUUCUGUGAUCAAAAUGAAGAUUUCCAUUGUUGGAAAAUUGCACCGGCACAAACAUAAAUGUUUGCUAUGUAAUCAAAAUUCUAUUUUUCUUAGGUUUUUAUUGUAUUUGUUAUUAAAAUAAAUGUAAAUGAAUGAAGAAAAUUGUGAUGUUUUGAUAUUUUGGUUUUACCAAAAGACCAAAAAAAAAUGUGUCCCCAUUUUUGGAGGCAGAGAUGCUUGAAUAUUGGAAACAAACAUGCACACAAAAAAAGGAGUUCAUGCUUUUAAAUAUUUUUAAUUAAACAUCACUUAAAUCCAUAUGA